GGACGUUUUCUGGCGCGGACCGCCAGCGGAGGCUGCGAGCGCCGCCGCAGGAGAAGACUGACGCUCAGCCGGAGCCAGCCCGCGGCGCCCGGGCCUGGCCGGCUGCCUCCCUUCACCUCAGCCGCCGCUGCCGCAGGCACUGCCAAGGCGGGCGCAGAGGAAAGCUCGGCCACUCGGCCCUGCCCGGGCCGGCGCGGCCCGGAGCCGCGGCGCGGGAGGUUCCCCAGGAAGCCAUCACACUUUCCUUCUCACUGUGGUUUUGGGAGCAUGAAGGCGUUGCUUACUCCCUUUGUCUGGUUCACUGUAUGUAGGCUGGGAGUGUCUGCUGAUGCCUUGGAGUGCUGUCUCCUAGAACAGGAGGAAUAAGAUUGAGGAUCCCUGCAGUGGACCAUGAGACGGUAAUGUCCACUGAGGACCUCUGGGAGCCAUGUCAGACGAAUCCGCCUCAGGGAGCGAUCCAGACCUGGACCCAGACGUGGAGCUGGAGGAUGCGGAAGAGGAGGAGGAGGAGGAGGAGGAGGUGGCAGUGGAGGAGCAUGGCAGGGAUGACGAGGAAGACCUGCUGGAUGACCCAUCCCUGGAAGACAUGUGUGGCACUGAGUGUGCCCAGCUCGGGGAAGAUGGGCAGCGGCCACCGCGGUGCACUUCAACUACCUCAUCUCAGUCUGAGCCUUCAGAGCAGCUUAGGCGCCACCAAGGCAAGAGCCUUGCCUCCGAGGACCCCAAAAAGAAGAGAGCUCAGAAGCCCUCCCACAUGAGGAGAAACAUACGCAAGCUGCUCCGGGAGGAUCAGUUGGAGCCAGUUACCAAAGCAGCACAACAGGAAGAAUUGGAAAGAAGAAAACGCCUGGAGCAGCAGAGGAAGGAUUACGCAGCCCCCAUUCCCACCGUUCCCCUGGAGUUCCUUCCCGAAGAAAUUGUCUUAAGAGCAAGCGAUGGACCCCAACUGCCUCCUCGGGUCUUGACCCAGGAAGUGAUUUGUUUGGACAGUAGCAGUGGCAGUGAGGAUGAAAAAAGCAGUCGAGAUGAGGUGAUUGAACUGAGCUCUGGAGAGGAGGACACUCUGCACAUUGUGGACAGCAGUGAGUCUGUCAGUGAGGAGGAUGAGGAAGAGGAGAAAGGUGGCACCCAUGUGAAUGACGUCUUAAAUCAGCGCGAUGCUCUGGGGCGGGUCCUUGUCAACUUGAACCACCCUCCGGAGGAGGAGAAUGUCUUCCUGGCCCCACAGUUGGCACGGGCAGUGAAACCGCAUCAGAUUGGUGGGAUCCGGUUCCUGUAUGAUAACCUGGUUGAGUCCUUGGAGCGAUUUAAGACCAGUAGUGGCUUUGGCUGUAUCCUGGCCCACAGCAUGGGACUGGGGAAAACUUUGCAAGUGAUCUCCUUCAUCGAUGUCCUCUUCCGCCACACGCCAGCCAAAACCGUCCUUGCCAUUGUGCCGGUUAAUACUCUUCAGAACUGGCUGGCAGAGUUCAACAUGUGGCUCCCAGCUCCUGAAGCCCUUCCAGCUGACAACAAGCCUGAAGAAGUCCAGCCUCGGUUCUUUAAAGUUCACAUCUUGAAUGAUGAGCACAAGACAAUGGCAGCUCGUGCUAAAGUGAUGGCUGAUUGGGUGUCAGAAGGUGGGGUGCUGCUGAUGGGGUACGAAAUGUACAGACUCCUCACCCUGAAGAAAUCCUUUGCCACAGGUAGACCGAAGAAAACCAAGAAACGUUCUCACCCGGUCAUCAUUGAUCUGGAUGAGGAAGAUCGACAGCAGGAGUUUCGAAGAGAGUUUGAGAAGGCCUUAUGCCGCCCUGGCCCUGAUGUGGUAAUCUGUGACGAGGGACACCGCAUCAAAAACUGCCAGGCCAGCACCUCACAGGCCCUGAAGAACAUUCGCUCUCGCCGCCGGGUGGUGCUGACCGGAUACCCCCUGCAGAACAACCUCAUCGAGUACUGGUGCAUGGUGGACUUUGUGCGCCCAGACUUCCUUGGCACCCGGCAGGAGUUCAGCAACAUGUUUGAGCGCCCCAUCCUGAAUGGACAGUGUAUUGACAGCACGCCUCAGGAUGUCCGCCUCAUGCGGUACCGGAGCCAUGUCCUGCACAGCCUCCUGGAGGGCUUUGUGCAGAGGAGAGGCCACACUGUGCUGAAGAUUCAUCUCCCUGCCAAGGAAGAAAAUGUGAUCCUGGUGCGACUCUCUAAGAUCCAGCGAGAUUUGUAUACACAGUUCAUGGACCGCUUCCGGGACUGUGGUAGCAGCGGCUGGCUGGGGCUGAACCCCCUCAAGGCUUUCUGUGUCUGCUGCAAGAUCUGGAAUCACCCCGACGUGCUGUACGAAGCCCUUCAGAAGGAGAACCUGGCCAAUGAGCAAGACUUAGACGUGGAAGAGCUUGGUUCAGCAGGGACUAGUGCCCGCUGCCCUUCACACGGAACAAAAGGCAAGGGUGAGGACAGCGCCUCAAUGGGAGAGGCGACCAAUAGCAAGUUCCUACAAGGGGUCGGCUUUAACCCUUUCCAGGAGCGAGGCAACAACAUUGUCACAUAUGAAUGGGCCAAGGAUCUUUUGACUAAUUAUCAGACUGGUGUCUUAGAGAACUCUCCCAAGAUGGUACUGCUUUUCCACCUGAUUGAGGAAAGUGUGAAGCUUGGAGACAAGAUCCUUGUGUUCAGCCAGAGCCUUUCCACCUUGGCUUUAAUCGAGGAGUUCCUAGGGAAACGAGAAGCGCCCUGUCUACCUGGUGCUGAGGGGCAAGGAGUACAGAAGUGGGUUCGAAACGUCAGCUACUUCCGGCUAGAUGGUAGCACCCCUGCCUUUGAGAGGGAGCGGCUCAUUAAUCAGUUCAAUGAUCCCAGCAACCUCACCACCUGGCUGUUCCUUCUCUCCACAAGGGCUGGGUGCUUGGGCGUGAAUUUGAUUGGUGCCAACCGAGUGGUGGUGUUUGAUGCUUCCUGGAACCCUUGCCAUGAUGCUCAGGCAGUAUGUCGGGUAUACCGUUACGGCCAGAAAAAGCCCUGUCACAUCUAUCGCCUUGUGGCUGAUUUCACCCUCGAAAAGAAGAUCUAUGACCGUCAGAUUUCCAAGCAGGGCAUGUCAGAUCGGGUCGUGGAUGAUCUCAAUCCAAUGCUGAACUUUACUCGAAAGGAGGUGGAGAACCUACUGCACUUUGUUGAGAAGGAGCCAGCUCCCCAAGCAUCCUUGAACAUAAAGGGGAUCAAGGAGCCCGUCUUGCAACUUGCCUGUCUGAAAUACCCUCACCUCAUCACCAAGGAGCCUUUUGAGCAUGAGUCAUUGCUCCUUAACCGAAAGGAUCACAAGCUGACCAAAGCUGAGAAAAAAGCAGCAAAGAAAAGCUAUGAGGAAGACAAACGUACAUCGGUCCCCUACACCCGCCCAUCAUAUGCGCAGUAUUACCCCGCCAGUGACCAGAGCCUGACCAGCAUCCCUGCCUUCAGUCAGAGAAACUGGCAGCCAACAUUGAAGAGUGAUGAGAAGCCUGUGGCCAGUGUUCGCCCUGUACAGUCCACCCCGAUCCCCAUGAUGCCACGGCAUGUCCCACUGGGAGGUAGUGUAAGCUCUGCCUCCAGCACAAAUCCAGCUAUGAACUUCCCAAUCAACUACCUGCAACGUGCGGGAGUCCUUGUGCAGAAGGUGGUCACCACAACAGAUAUUGUUAUUCCUGGACUCAACAGCUCCACAGACGUACAGGCAAGAAUUAAUGCUGGUGAGAGCAUCCACAUCAUCCGUGGGACAAAAGGGACAUACAUCCGUACCAGUGAUGGGCGAAUCUUUGCUGUCCGGGCGACUGGCAAACCAAAGGCCCCUGAAGAUGGUCAGAUGGCUGCCUCAGGUUCCCAGGGGCCUUCUCUCGAGUCUACAAGCAACGGCAGACACAGUGCCUCAUCACCCAAAGCCCCCGACCCUGAGGGGCUGGCCAGGCCUGUCUCUCCAGACAGCCCGGAGAUCAUCAGUGAGCUCCAGCAGUAUGCAGAUGUGGCUGCUGCCCGGGAAUCCCGUCAGAGCUCCCCAAGCUCCAAUGCUGCCCUGCCUGGCCCCCCAGCUCAACUUGUGGACAGCAGUGCUGUUCCUGGGACAGCUCUUGGGACUGAACCUAGACAUGGGGGUCAUUGCCUCAAUAGUUCCCUCUUGGUGACCGGCCAGCCCUGUGGUGACAGGCACCCAGUGUUGGACUUAAGGGGCCACAAGCGAAAGUUGGCCACACCACCUGCUGCCCAGGAGUCAGCCCGCCGGCGGUCCAGGAAGGGCCAUCUGCCAGCCCCCGUGCAGCCGUAUGAACACGGGUAUCCAGUUUCUGGCGGGUUUGCCAUGCCACCCGUCUCCUUAAACCAUAACCUCACCCCACCCUUCACCUCCCAGGCUGGGGAGAAUUCCCUGUUUAUGGGCAGUACCCCCUCCUACUACCAGCUGUCCAAUUUGCUGGCAGAUGCCCGCCUGGUGUUUCCAGUGACUACUGACCCUCUGGUGCCAGCAGGCCCCGUCAGUUCCUCUUCCACGGCUACCUCAGUCACUGCCAGCAACCCCUCCUUCAUGCUCAACCCCUCUGUACCAGGGAUACUACCCAGCUACUCACUCCCGUUCUCACAGCCACUCCUGUCCGAGCCGAGGAUGUUUGCGCCUUUUCCUUCCCCUGUCUUGCCCAGCAACCUUUCACGGGGCAUGUCUGUCUAUCCAGGCUACAUAUCCCCACAUGCAGGCUACCCAGCUGGCGGCCUUCUCCGGUCCCAGGUGCCUCCGUUUGACUCUCAUGAGGUUGCUGAGGUGGGGUUCAGCUCCAAUGAUGAUGAGGAUAAGGACGAUGAUGUAAUAGAGGUCACUGGGAAAUAGCUGGGGAGCCCCUCUGCACCUCACUCGGGGCCCCAGCAGGUUGCCCACCAAGAUGGAAGACAGCAAUCUGGGCUUUCUGAGAAUAGGGCACUUGGCAGGAGGGAAAAGGAAGAGGACAAAGAAGGUGGUUGACCAUAGGUGGCAGGGCUCUGUUGCUGUUUAACAAAAGAGGCAAAAGUAAUCCAACAGAGCAGCAAUAGUGGGAAAUCAGGGACCUAAAACAGGAAUGGAGAGGCAGAGCAGUCUGCCUCUCUUCCUGCCUGCCUUGCUUAUGCUGUCUGCUUGCUUGCUUGCCCAUCUGAGGGUAGAUGCUCACAUCCCAUUUCUGUCUUUGGGAACAUUCUCUCCCGAGAGAGCUGCCUUACUGGGUGAUUUAGCUUGGCCUGGAGAGGGGAGGGGAGGGAGGGAGGGUAAGAGAAGAAGGGUAGGCAGACUGAGAUUCCACAUGAAGUGGAAUCCUUUUAGGGGGUGGGAAAGAAGCAGACCAGGUAUGUGUGUGUGUGUGCCUGUGUGUGUGUGUUUAUGUUUGUACUUACAUGUAUGUAACAGAGCAGGGGUAAA